AUGCCAUCCAUACUAAUUCCAACGUUGUUUUUUUUUCCCUCUUCCGGCCACACUGUUGAUGCCUUAGGCUACAUCCGUAUCGACCAUUUAGCAAUGUCUCGAUUGGCACCGUCUCGGAUUAUCCAUGCAGGGAGAGGCAUAGGGAAUUUGACACCGUAUGGAAAGCGCAUGGAUCGCCUGAGCAGAAGGAUUUUUGGGGAAGUUGUUAGAGCUACUGACAACAAAAGUAUGAAGGUUAUUCGGAUUAUGGCUGCUGAACCUUAUGAGACGAAAGAACAGCUGUCAGUGCAAGAUGAGUUAAAGAUAAUUCGAGGAAAGGUCGUGAGGCCACCAAUAGGAGAAGGAAAGCGUGCCUUGCUUCGAGGAUCUAAAAAAUAG